AUGUUCGGACAUGGGUUCGCGGAUGCCCGCAACUCGUUCCAUUCCAUGCAUGCGUAUCAGCUCGAGCGUUUCCAAGGAGAGACGUCUCUUGGUGACUUUCGAAUAUUCAGCUUUCAUAGCGCUAAUGGGAAGAUGUUGAAUGAGCCGAUCGGAUUCCUCUUCAGUGUUAUCAAGAACGACUAUCGAGCUAAACGUCGUGCUUGCCUUCGUGGCAACGACACCCAGCUCAGGCCUAUCUACAUCCAACACAAACGUAGUGGUAUGAAUGCCGAAUGGGAGAUUCGAGGAAGGGUUCGGAAACUCGACGAAACCAGUGCUACUAGAUUACUGUCCUAUCUCGACGUUGUGGCGCUACGGAUCGACGUUCUUAAAAAGGGACCUCGUCUGAUAGCGAGACGUGUUGAUGAACGACUAGCUCAUGCGAUCACAUUUUGCGAAGAGAUGUGUGGAAACGCCGAUCUAAAGAACUUUCUUCUGGCCAUGUGUUCCGCUUGGGCGCGUCGCUCUCUUUCGGAACUUAUCCCGUUGGGUUACCAUUUCGUAGCGCCAUUGGAGAUGGCUAUUUGCCGAGCCAAGUCGCGCGACUCUUUAGUUCCCUGGUCCUUACUACUGUGCUCACAAAAUCCGUACUUCGCAUGGUGUAUGGGUGAAGAAUCGCUGAAACGAUUGUCGUCGUUCCGAAAUCUCGAAUCUUUAGUCCUGGAGAAUAUGAUCGACUCCGAGGUGCUCGAUAGUAUCAAAGAGGCUGUGGAUCUGGGAAAAUUGAGAAGCAUACAAAUGCGUCUCGAUGCAAAACAUCAGAGUGAAGUCGAAAAUAUGCUCUUUGUGCAUAUACAAGGUCGCUUAUUCACCAGUUAA